UGGAAAAUCAUAUAUAAACGGGGAUGCGGAAGAGACGGACAACACAGAAUCAGUUUGAGACUCCGUCAAGUAGGACUUUAUUUAACAAGAUGAAGCUGUUCCUCGUAUACCUUACCGUCCUGGCUGUGGGCUUGAGCAGCACCUACGCCGCUUCCACGGGCAAACCAGACUGCGAUGAGAGCAUUCUGGACCAAUGCGGAACAGGCCUGUUUUUCUUCGCCAAGAGCACCAAGGUUGCAGGAAAUGCUGAGGAACUCGCCAAGGCGUGCAAGGAUGAAAUGAAGGACCUGGACUGCGUCCAGAACUACGCCAACGCCUGUCUGACCGGAUUAGCUCGUGGCAUGGUGCAACUUCUUCUGGACGGUUGCAGCAAAGUCAUCAGCGAGAAAUGUGUACCAGGAUCUCCAAAGCACGCUCAGUACCUCGACAACGUGGACUGUCUGAACAAGGCCGGCGACAAGAUCCAUCCCUGCAUGAACCAGCUGAGCGCCGUCCUCGAGGCUAGUUCCGAGCAUCCAGAGGGAAAGCACAAGGUUGGCCUUGCCUGCUGUUCUUUCUCCGACUACCAGCAAUGCAUCUUGAACGCUUCCCGGAGCACCUGCACAGAGAGCCAUACCGCGUACGCCGGUGAAAUCAUCCAGAGCUACGCCGGCGACCUCCUGGACACAGUCUGCGUCCGUUACAAGUCUGGUAGCCCAGCAUGUUCUUCCCUUCCAGCCCUGCACCCGCCCAAGAAGGCCAGGUCCCAGUCUCUCCUCCCACCACUUGCGGCCAUCCUCAGGACCCUGGGAUAACGAGGGCUUUCAGUACAACUGCGAAAGCAAACUCAACCUGACCCGUUUUCAGUGUUUGUAAUGUAUUGUGAUAUAAUGCUCGUAACAAAGUUGCGAGAAAUGUGCUUUUGCAAAAGUGUGUUGUUAGAAGCUGAUGUAGUCGGAGCUUUGUUGAAGACAUACCCUGUUGUUAGGAAAAAAAAGUGAAAAAAAUUGGUGGUCUUAUAUUAUUUGAUUGAAGCAAGAAGCUCAGGUUGGCAGCCGCCGAUAUUUCGAACAGAGGCUGUUCCUCUACUGGAUAGAAGGACAGUGGAAGAACAGCCUCUGUUCGAAAUAUUGGCGGCUCCCGAGCUGAGGAUUUUGUUGUAACCUUACCGGGGGGCCACCGCAUCUUGCAUUUUACACUUGUCAUCGUUUGCUCGAGUUUGUUUACAUUUAAAUGUGUAAGUGUAACUGUGUUUGGUGCGUUUCAAGUACAAAGGGUUAUUAGAGCUUAAUAUAUUUUUUUAUUAAUUAAUAUAAGUUACUCUGUGAGGAGAAGCCUCCGUGAUUUUCGCGGUAAUUUUACGUAUUUAAAAAAUUAGCGAAACAGUAGGCUUAGAAGUAAUUGUAUUGUUUUGCUUGCGUAUCAUUGGUAACUUGCUAGACAUAGUAAUGUUUACGGUUGACAACUACAGUAUUACCAACCUAGCUAAUAAUUAACGCAUUUCAUUAUAAAAAGUUUCCUCUUGGAGACCUUGUUUGCAAAGCACAAUCGUGCGUGAAAUUAUGUAUAAACACUUCUAGCUAUAACGAAUUUGCAAUGUGAGAUGUGAUGUGCUGUAUAUAUGUGUAAGCAUACGUUGUGUUUUUAUGCCAUGUUUUAGUGGUUGAAUAAAAGUCAUUUAUCUUCCUCUGA